GUUUCCCAGCAGCCCACGGGGCAAAAGCGGCCCGCCUUUCCACGCUCUUCCCUUGAAGUGGGCCGACCAGGGGAGGGGAGAGACAAGAUGGCAGCCGUCCUGGUGAUGCCGUCGCCCUUGCUCAAGCUCCGUGGCUUCCUUCGGGGCUGGUUGGGACUACUCAGUAGCCAGAGCCCUCCUUGGGCUCCUGCAUUGGCUGUGCAGGGUCCAGCUUUGCUGGAGACGGUGGAAGAGAAGGCUGAAAGCGACGAGACGCCAAGCUUUUUAGACAGCAUAUUUUGGAUGGCAGCCCCAAAGUCGAGGCGAACCAUUGAGGUGAAUCGCUGCAGGCGAAGGGAUAUCAGAAAGCUUUUAAAAGUUAAGAGAAACAUCGAAUUUUGUCCCCAGUGCGGUCAUGUAAAGCAGAAGCACCUUCUUUGUGGAUAUUGUUACGAAAAGGUGAGACAGGAGAUGUUUGCCAUAAGGAACCAAAUAUUCGCCCAGGAAGGAGGGCCUCAUAGGGCUCCCACCGUAGAGACUGUUGUCCUGUAUGAAGGAGAGAAGCCUAGAGAGCAAGACAAAGGGAAGCGGAUCAUCGAACGAGCAAGGAAGCGCCCGUCUUGGUUUACUCUGGACUGAGGAUUUAGCACCGUGGCUUCUUGGGUUGCAAACUACUUGAUUCUUCAGGAAAAAAUAAUUGAAAAGAAUGCAUCUUUAAAAUGUACUAAUUCUAAAAUAUGUAAAGGACUUUAUUUUUUUGUUUAAAAAGCUGGCAUUGCAGUACAAAUUGUACUUUCCCAUUACAGUCUUAUUUUUGACAUUUAUGGUAUACUAGUUAAAGAAAAUGAAGUAGUAUGUUCUGGUUUGCCAACAUGCUACUGUGAUGACAUGUCACAGUUCUAUAGUGAGCAAUGCAGAACAUUAUUUUGCAGGACUGGAUUCUUUCUACAUAUAUUUUGGUGUCCUCCUGUACUGUACAUUGCAAGUCACCCAUUUUGGAAGUUUUUUAAAAAGUCCACAUGUAAACAGCAGUUGAAAGUACAAUAAGCGUUUCAGGAUUAUAAUAAGAAUUGUGAAUUGC